GAGGCGGGCCCGGCUGGGCAGACGGGAGGCGCGGCGACCGUGUCUGAAGAGAGCUGGAGAAGGCUGUGGGAGGUGGUGGCAGCCGCAGCGCGGGCGCCUGAGGAGGAGGAGGAGGAGAAGCGGGAGGCAGCAUGGUGCCUGGGGCACCAUGGGCCCCGACAGAGUGACAGCCAGGGAACUGUGUGAGAAUGACGACCUCGCCACCAGCCUCGUCCUGGACCCCUACCUCGGCUUCCGCACCCAUAAGAUGAACGUCAGCCCCGUGCCCCCCCUGCGGCGACAGCACCACCUGCGCUCAGCGCUGGAGGCCUUCCUGAGGCAGCGGGACCUGGAGGCUGCGUACCGGGCCCUGACGCUGGGAGGCUGGAUGGCCCACUACUUCCAGAGCCGGGGCCCGCGGCAGGAGGCUGCCCUCAAGACCCACAUCUAUCGCUACCUCCGAGCCUUCCUGCCUGAAAGCGGCUUCACCAUCUUGCCCUGUACCCGUUAUUCCAUGGAGACAAAUGGAGCCAAGAUUGUGUCUACCCGCGCUUGGAAAAAGAACGAAAAGUUGGAGCUGCUGGUGGGCUGCAUCGCAGAGCUGCGGGAGGCGGACGAGGGGCUGCUGAGGGCCGGGGAGAAUGACUUCAGUAUCAUGUACUCCACCCGCAAGCGCAGCGCUCAGCUGUGGCUCGGCCCGGCCGCCUUCAUCAACCACGACUGCAAACCCAACUGCAAGUUCGUACCUGCAGAUGGGAACGCAGCCUGCGUGAAGGUGCUCCGGGACAUCGAGCCAGGGGACGAGGUGACAUGCUUCUACGGCGAAGGCUUCUUCGGUGAAAAGAAUGAGCACUGUGAAUGCUACACCUGCGAGAGGAGAGGCGAAGGAGCUUUCCGACUGCAGCCCAAGGAGCCCCUGCCGCCCCGGCCCAUGGACAAGUAUGAGCUCCGGGAGACGAAGCGGCGGCUGCAGCAGGGCCUGGAUGGCCCCCGGGCCUGUGCCCACCCACCCCCGCUGCGCCGGGACCUGUUCUGCGCUGCCUGCCAGCCCCUGCGCCCCCCGCCCUGCGGCGCCCGCCCCGAUGCCUCACCCCUCUGGCUCCAGUGGCUGCCUCAGCCCCAGCUCCGGGUGCGCCCCCGGAGGCGCCGACGCCCCCAGCCCCGACGGGCCCCGGCGCCCCCCGUUCUCCGUGCUGCCCGCGUCUCCCUGCACCGAUGGGGAGGCUGUGGCCCCCACUGCUGCCUGCGGGCGGAGGCCCUAGUGGCUCUGGGGCCGGCCGCCCGUGCCCGCUGGGCCCCCCAGCAGGACUGGCACUGGGCCCGGCGCUACGGGCUGCCUUACGUGGUACGUGUGGAUCUGAGCCGUGUGGCCCCGGCCCCGCCUGCCACUGCCACUCCCGUCCCCGCCGGGACCCCAGGCCCCAUCCCCAUCCCCAAGCAGGCCCUUGCCUUUGCCCCCUUCUCCCCACCCAAGCGCCUGCGGCUCGUGGUCAGCCAUGGCUCCAUUGACCUGGAUGUCAACGGUGAUGGGCCGUGACGGGCUGGACAGGGAGGCCCAGGCUGGGAGAGGAGGGCGUCCCUCCUGGUCCCCUCUGCCCUGAGUUCUCAGUAACCGACCUCCAGAAGGAGCUCUUGGACCUCUGGGAGGGCGUUGACUUUCAACCCCAGCACAGCUCUGACCCCCGGGGCGGGUUGGUUUGGACACCCCCUGGGGAUCUGACCCCUGACCCUUCGUGACUGCUGACCCCUGAGCCACCCCCAUCCUAGCAGGGAGCCCUGGCCAUUGCCGCCCUCCCACCCCAGCCCCAGCCUCAGGGCUGAGGGAGCUGUUCCCUCCCCACCCGCCUUCUCCUGCCCAGGGAGCAAAGCCAUAAGGGGUGGGGGCCGCCCCGUGGCUUCUCCAAAGAAGCCCAGGCCUCGGGAGGAGGUGGAACUGACAUGGGCUGGCGUUCCCUAGACACUGCCCUACAGAGGGGAGUCAGUGUGCUCUUGGCUCUGUGUCUGAGGUGGGGGGCGAUGAGGGGGCGGCCAGGGGCAUGUCCCCACCACCCCCGUGGGUCUCAGGGAGGCCGGUGCGACCUCAUCUUUCUCAUGGUGCUAUCCCUGGUGCUACUGGGCUGUGGGGGCUCCCUCCCCUCCCCCACGCCAGAAUGGGGUAUGUUGGGGGAUUGGAAGCACUUGAACUUUCUAUUUUAUUUUAUUAAAACCUUGUCAUAAUCAGUG